AUGCACCAACCACCUCGGGACCAGCAGGCGCCAGCAGCAGCAACAGCGCCCAUACCGCCCUCCUUCGCCCGCCGCAAGGAGGCCAUCCUGGCGCAGCUCGCGGUCCCGGACGACGAGUACACGGACCUGAGCCCCAAGGGCACGGUGGACGCGGGCAUCAGGGACCUCAUCGACGAGAUCAACGGGCUCGACGGGCUCGUCACCACCAGCAGCUGCGCGGGCCGCGUCAGCGUCUUCCUCGAGGGCCGCAGGGCGGGCCGGGGUGGGCCCGCGGCUGCGGACGAGGGGAGCCUGCUGCUGCUGCCGGGCCACCACCUGGCCGUCGAGGAGGGCGAAGGGGAGGACGGGGUUGAGGGACAGGGGCAGGGGCAGGGGCAAGCGGAGGCCGGCGGUGCGGCUGCCGGUGCUGUGAGGGCCGGGGCCACGCCCGGUGGCGGUGGCAACGGGAGGGACGAGCCGGCGGCCGCGGCCUCGGUGAACACUGUCGCGGGCGUGGGCGGCAAGGGCGGUGGGGGCCGGUGGCUGUUCGUCUCCCACGAGCCUGUCGAAUCGCGCGGAAAGCUGGACAGCGAGCCCAACAUCGUGGCUGCGCUGCUGGGCAUAGAGGAGCCCAUCUUUGACGGGAGGGAGGGCAGCUCGGCGGAGGAGAUGGGGGAGAGCAGGUUGAUUCAUUUCAAGUUUGAGCCUAUGAUCUUACAUGUUCUCACGGCGUCCCCCCAGCACGCCCAGCUCAUACUCCGUUGCGGCCUCCAGGCUGGCUUCCGCGAGAGUGGUGCCAUUAACCUUAUUCCGCCGACAACGACCAAUCACGAUGCAUCGGCAGCAGCAGCGACGCCCAUCGUGGCGAUCCGCUCCAUGGGCCUGGGGCUGGAGAGCCUGAUCGGGCGGGAGACGAACGGGACCAAGCACUGCACGGUCUCGGUGGAGUAUCUGCGGGCGCUGGUGAAGAUCGCCAACGAGAGGUUCGCCGAGAACACGAGGAGGAUUGGGCGUUUCAGGGCGUUCCUGAAGGAGGCAGCGGCCGGAGAGAGGCGGAAGGUGAGGAAAGGGGAGGGUGGCGGCGAGUGGGAGAACGCCGAUGCCAGGAGGGAGAGGAAGAGGCUUGAGGGCCUGCAGAUGGCGGAGGAGGCAAGGAGGGUCAGAGAGCAGCGGCGGCAGCAGCAGCAGCAGCAAAAUAGCGAAGCUGACGAUACUCCGGGCUUGGGCUCGCUAGAACAAAUCCAAUGA